AAAAUGACUUGUACAAUUCGCUUUUAUACGAAAAAAAAAAGCUGGCUGCCCAACACUGCCACAAUGGUCGCGCCAGCGCCUGAAUAAAAUCAAUAAAUCAAUACUAAAAGUAAUUGUAAUCCCUAGCGUCUGUACUCUUUCAAAACAGGCAUCAUUACGCUGCUACGCACAAAUGUACUCAUUAUAAGGUAAUCAGCUGAAAUUUAACCUUUGGCAGCAGAGCUCAUUAGCUGAGCGGAAUAAUUGAGUUCCCAACCGAAAACAACUGCAUUGCUUUGUGUCUAGCUACAUAUGUAUAAACCUGUGAGAAGUCUGGUUUAAGCUGUUGUAGCGUAAUAACCAUGCGAGUUUUGAAAAUCUGAAAACAUAGGUCGAAGUCUGCUUGCUUAGAAAUGCCUUUGUUUGGCAAAAAGGAUUCUGGCAAGAAAGCCAAGGCGAAGGACAUAAAGGAGCUUAAUAAGCAAGUGUCAAUUGAAGAGAAAUACAAUCUUCACGGACUUCUUGGGACUGGAGCCUUUUCAGAAGUACGCCUAGCUGAAAGCAAAGAUCCACCAGGCGAACACUUUGCAGUGAAAAUUAUCGAUAAGAAAGCGUUAAAGGGAAAGGAAGAAUCUCUGGAGAAUGAAAUUCGCGUCUUGAGAAGGUUCAGUGCAAAUCAUUUCGACGGCAAAUGUCCAAAUGGAACGCGCGAUGAUACCCACAGAAAAUCAAGGGACUACAAUUUUUCUUUCAGGUUAACUCAUCCAAAUAUAGUGCAACUCUUGGAAACGUAUGAGGACAAGUCAAAGGUGUAUCUCGUUAUGGAGUUGGUUACUGGUGGGGAACUCUUUGAUCGCAUUGUCGAAAAGGGGUCCUACACUGAAAAGGACGCUUCUCAUCUUAUAAGACAGAUACUAGAAGCGGUUGAUUAUAUGCAUGAGCAAGGUGUCGUCCAUCGUGAUCUUAAGCCGGAAAACUUACUCUACUAUAGUCCUGACGAUGAUAGCAAAAUAAUGAUUAGCGAUUUUGGCUUAUCUAAAAUGGAGGAUUCUGGAAUUAUGGCUACAGCCUGUGGAACUCCAGGAUAUGUGGCUCCUGAGGUCCUGGCGCAAAAACCGUAUGGAAAAGCCGUCGAUGUGUGGAGUAUUGGAGUGAUAUCAUACAUUCUUUUAUGCGGCUACCCUCCAUUUUAUGACGAAAAUGAUGCUAAUCUUUUCGCACAGAUUUUAAAAGGCGACUUCGAAUUCGAUUCACCCUAUUGGGAUGAAAUAAGCGAGUCCGCAAAGCAUUUCAUUAAAAACCUUAUGUGUGUGACGGUAGAGAAGCGGUAUACUUGCAAGCAAGCACUUGCCCAUGCUUGGAUUUCUGGAAAUGAAGCUAGCAGCAGAAACAUUCACGGAACCGUGUCAGAGCAAUUAAAGAAAAAUUUUGCAAAAUCUCGUUGGAAGCAAGCCUACUACGCCGCUACAGUAAUCCGCCAAAUGCAGCGAAUGGCGCUUAACAGCAAUAGCAAUGCUAAUUUUGAUUCUUGCAAUAGCAGUAACCAAAAAGACUCUACAACUCCAACGGCAGCGACUGGAGCAUGGACUUCUGAUGUUCUCUCAUCGCAGCAAUCUGCACAAAGUCAUGUACAAGAAGUCAGCAAGUCGGGAGGCAGCACAAAUGCAUCACAGUAGCGAAGUUGAUAUUCAAAAUAAUGUUACAUAUAUGAUGUUUUGAUUACAUUUUUGAAUUUUAACUAUUGUUCUAGUCUAGUAAAAAUCUCGUACUUACGAAUCGGAUAAUUUUUCAAUUGAAAAUGCCAAACAAAACAAAUAUGAUGAGCAUGCGCACCUGCACCGUUUCAUCUCUUGAUACUAUUGAAGGCGUAAGGUUACUGCUUAACUAACACUAUACGCUGUUAGAAUUCAAAUUGACGAUUUACAUUUUGGCGAAAGUUUUAUUAUUAAAGUCCAGAACUUACUCAAACAAAUUAUACGCUGAUGCUUUGAAAGAAUUUCUUUUGUUACUCAGUUUCCAAUGUUUAGCAAUUUUUAGGUAUCUUUUUGAGUUUUUCUGAAUUCGAUAAAAUAUUUGACUUUUUAUGUUACAAAUCUUUUCAAACCAACCUUUGCAGCAAUCUUGUAUAUUAAUAAGAGUAAAUUAUUUUUGCAAACUUUA